UUAUCAUCUGAUCGUGGGUGUAUCUCUCUAUUAGUUUUAUUGGAUCUUAGUGCUGCGUUUGACACAAUUGACCACAACAUUCUUUUGCAUAGACUUGAACACUUUGUUGGCAUCAGUGGAAGUGCAUUAGCAUGGUUUAAAUCGUACUUAUAUGACCGCCAUCAGUUCGUAGCAGUGAAUGAAGAUGUAUCAUAUCGAUCACAAGUGCAGUAUGGAGUACCUCAAGGCUCAGUACUAGGGCCGCUACUCUUCAUGCUUUAUAUGUUACCCUUGGGAGAUAUCAUCAGGAAACAUGGUGUUAGCUUUCACUGUUAUGCUGAUGAUACGCAGCUCUAUAUUUCCUCGCAGCCUGGUGAAACACACCAAUUUGAAAAACUAAUGGAAUGCAUAGUCGAUAUAAAAAAUUGGAUGACGAGUAAUUUCUUACUGCUAAAUUCAGAAAAAACAGAGGUGUUAAUCAUAGGGCCUAAAAACUCUGCUUGUAAUAACCUAGAACACUGUCUAAGACUUGAUGGUUGCUCUGUCAAUUCUUCGUCAUCAGUUAGGAACCUAGGUGUGCUACUUGAUCGCAAUCUUUCCUUAGAAAGCCACGUUUCUAGCAUUUGUAAAACUGCAUUUUUCCAUCUCAAAAAUAUAUCUAAAUUACGGCCUAUGCUCUCAAUGUCAAAUGCAGAAAUGUUAAUCCAUGCAUUUAUGACUUCAAGGUUAGACUAUUGUAAUGCUUUAUUGGGUGGUUGUUCUGCACGCUUGGUAAACAAACUACAGCUAGUCCAAAAUGCAGCAGCAAGAGUUCUUACUAGAACCAGGAAGUAUGACCAUAUUAGCCCGGUCCUGUCCACACUGCACUGGCUCCCUAUCAAACAUCGUAUAGAUUUUAAAAUAUUGCUUAUUACUUAUAAAGCCCUGAAUGGUUUAGCACCUCAGUAUUUGAAUGAGCUCCUUUUACAUUAUACUCCUCUACGUCCGCUACGUUCUCAAAACUCAGGCAAUUUGAUAAUACCUAGAAUAUCAAAAUCAACUGCGGGCGGCAGAUCCUUUUCCUAUUUGGCGCCUAAACUCUGGAAUAACCUACCUAACAUUGUUCGGGAGGCAGACACACUCUUGCAGUUUAAAUCUAGAUUAAAGACCCAUCUCUUUAACCUGGCAUACACAUAACAUACUAAUAUGCUUUUAAUAUCCAAAUCCGUUAAAGGAUUUUUAGGCUGCAUUAAUUAGGUAAACUGGAACCGAG